AACUCUUUUAGUUUUAUAAAAGCUAAUCACGUUGUUCAGUCAAAGCUGUCCGCAAAGGGCCUCUCCUGUCUGCCUCCAAGUCGCAGGUGAAGCCGCCAUGUCCACUGGCUCUGCAGUAAGCGAUGCUGAGGACUAUGAGACAUGUCACAGAAGAACUGCAGACCCUUUGCAAAAGACCGCGCGGAAAAUGACCUGCUGUACUUCCAACCGGUAUUUGGACGACGAGUUGGAGGACGACGGCGUGGACGGAUGUAUGAGACAUGAGCGCAGACUCUCCAGGGCGCGUCAGAAAGAUGCGCGGCAGUUGCAGAGGAACGCGGCCAAUGCCAGGGAGAGGGCGCGGAUGAGAGUGCUGAGCAAAGCUUUCUCCAGACUUAAAACCAGCCUGCCCUGGGUACCAGCGGACACCAAACUGUCCAAACUGGACACGCUUCGACUUGCAUCGAGCUACAUAUCUCACCUUAGACAACUUCUGCAGGAUGACCGAUUCGAGAACAGCUUUGUACACCCGGUCAAUCUGACUUGGCCAUUUAUGAUAACAGGGCGAUCAGAAGACCAAGACAUCUCAUCCACUGUAAGACUUUGUGGAGCUACAGCAUAGUCCACCUCUCUUCACGAACCGGAUUUCUUCUUCUAGAACCUGAAGUCAGCCAGUGAAGUCUUCUUCAGUAGCUACGUCUGUGACCUCAUGUCCUAAACAAACCUGUAGUUCAUUGUGUGCAUGUUUGCUGAAUUCAGUACCAUGGCAUGUUUACACUGAGUCUAACUUCCUGUUUUCAGUUUUUUUUUGUUUUUGUUUUUAAAU